AUGGCCAUUUGGCAUUUGACUCUUACUGCAUGUACUGUUGUUGUGACACUUCUUUGUGGUAACACAUUUGCUAAUGGCCCUUGGCAGAAAUACCAGAAUACUGAAGUAACUUUGCUAGAUCAGAGUACAGAGAUAUUCAAAACGCUCCACUACCUUAGCAAUUUACUGCACAGCAUCAAGAACCCUCUUGGCACACGGGAUAACCCAGCACGCAUCUGCAGGGAUCUGCUCCAUUGUGAACCCAAAGUGGCCGAUGGAAAAUACUGGAUUGACCCAAAUAUUGGAUGUCCUUCUGAUGCCAUUGAAGUUUUCUGCAACUUCACUGCAGGUGGUCAGACAUGUUUAACACCACUGUCUGUGACAAAGCUGGAGUUCGGUGUUGGAAAAGUGCAGAUGAACUUCCUUCAUUUGCUGAGCUCAGAAGCAACCCACAGCAUCACAGUCCAUUGUCUGAACACACCCAUGUGGGCAUUAACCACAGCAGGGGGCCAGAAGACAUCAGUUACCUUUAAAGGAUGGAAUGGUCAAAUAUUCAAAGCAAAUACUCUCCUGGAACCUAAAGUGCUUCUGGAUGAAUGCAUGAUUGAAGAUGGCAGCUGGCAUAAGACACAGUUCUUUUUUCACACUCAGGACACGAAUCAGCUUCCAGUUGUUCAAGUUAAUGCACUUCCUCACCUCAAACCAGGCCAGCAGCACUUCAUAGAAAGUGGCUCCGUAUGCUUCCUUUAAGAUUUCUGUCCUAGGUUUCUUGUUGCAUCAACAUGGAGUUGCUGCACAGAUUGAAUACAAAAGUAAUGAUCCAUUGCAGGCAAAAUUACUAGGAAACUGAAGAAUAAUUUCAAAUGUUGUUGGUUCAAGAACCUCAGGAAGAAAAAGACUUCCUCCUAAGGAGAAAUGACAUUGGAAAAAUAAAAGAAAGAAAAUACAAAAGCAAUUUUCUUAAAGUAUUUAAAAAUAAAUUUCUUGGUGCUUUCUUGCAUAAUUUUUGGGAAUGGAGCAUCUGAACAUGGAGUUUUUCAGGACAUCAAGUGUUCUUACCAGGCUUUUUAACAGCACUGCACAAAAACCAUCCUGAGGAAAGCUGGAGACGUGUGAUACUGAGGAGCAAUACCUGCUAGUGCUCCUAAAUGUGCAAUAGCUUUUGUAUGAAAAGUGAAUCAUGCCACAGUACAAUAAGUCUUCUUUUCUUAACCAUUGCUUUAUUCCAGUCCUUGGUGGACACACACAUCUGAACAGAUGGCACACUACCUCUUUGUGUUUCCUGUCCACGUUGCCUUGGUGCUCUUCAUAACACAGGGUGCUUGUGGCCUUAGCAGAGAUUAUUUGAGUCCCUUUUUAUCUUUCAGACUGUAUGUGCUGGUUACAUCAGGAUAUGUUUCUGUUGUGAAGGUACUUACUGUAAACCGUUGAUCACAUACUUCACAUAACUGAAAACAUUAUUUAUGUGGAUUUCUUGUUUAAAAUAUUUUUGUGUACUAUUUUUGAAAUGGUGUAUAAGACAGCAUAUUGUAUAUGAUGCAUAUAGUCAGAACAGUUUCUGUUACAGCCAUUGUGAAAAUCCUUGUAAGAAGAACUACCUAAAGUAGUUUUGACUUUUAAAUUCUGUAUUUCAGUUAACAUUGCUAAUGCCAAAGCCAUCUUAAGAUGAUAUAUUCUGUAUAUAUUUUGUAACUUCUGAAAAGAUCUACUAUAGUGUGUCUUCUGAAUGGCUACUGUUAAAUUAUAAUCAGCAUUUCAUCCUCUUAGAAAUUCCUUUUUUUUUUUUUUGCAAAAUUUAUUAGAUCAUUUUGGGCUUUUAAAAUUAAGCCUAAAAUGUUCAGUGAAGUUGUUUGGGUUUUUUUUUUUUUUGUAAAAAAGAACAGUUUUACCAUUAGGAAAAGCACUCUUUAUAUUGAUAUGCCUCUAUCUAUUAUCAAUUCAAAGUGUGCUCAGCAGUACACGGCAAGGUGAUACCAGACUGUAUUUGAGGAGCCUGGGAGUGUUCAAACAACUUGUCUUCAUCUGCAGUAAACCACA